AUGAGUAGUAAAAUUGUUAAUUUACAUAGUAAUAGAUACAAGCCCAUUGAAGUAAUAGGCCAAGGAUCAUAUGGUAUUGUGAUGAAAUGCAAGGAUCAGCUAACAAAUGAAGUUGUUGCAAUAAAGAAAAUAACAGAUUCCUAUUUCUAUAUGCCUGAAGUAUUACGUGAAUUUAUGAUACUUAAAAUACUUAAUAAACACAUAAAUGUGAUAAGACUUUUAAAUAUUUUCCGUAUAAAAAGUUGUUUGUACAUUGUAUUUCCAUACAUGGAUUAUAAUAUGUGUCAGUACAUUAAUAAAUAUCAUCCAAAUGGCCUGGGAUAUGAUUUAACAAAAGAAUUUAUGAUACAAAUAAUCAGUGGUAUUGAUUACAUGCACAGAAAUUAUGUUGUACACAGAGAUAUUAAACCAGAAAAUAUACUGAUUACGAAAAAUGGUCUAAUAAAAAUUUGUGAUUUGGGUAUUUCAAAAAUGUUAUGUGCACUGUCAUUUAAGGCAGAACCAAUUAUGACACCAGAUAUGGGUACUAUAUGGUACCAAGCACCAGAAAUGUUACUUGGAACACAAAAAUAUGGUCCUGAAAUUGAUAUUUGGUCUUUAGGUAUAGUAUUUAUACAAUGUACGAGUGGCCAUCCGAUCAUAACUCAAGAGACAUCUAUUGAACAAUAUCAAUCAAUUGUUAAAUUUUUUGGGGUAUCAAUUAAAGAUCAAAAGUAUUUAAAUAGGAAAAUAAAGAAAAUUAAUAAAGUUGUUUCAAUAAAGUAUAUCAGAAACAAUACAUUAAAAAAUGUUAGAAUGGCAUUAAAUAGCAACUUCCCUCAAUGGCCGAUUGAUUUAAUAGAAAUAGUAUCAAAAUGUUUAGAAUUCAUACCAUCAAAACGGAAAACUACAAAAUCUUUGUUAAAAACAUCAUACUUUGUAAAUGGAACAUUUUUAAAAUCAUUUAAAGAUAAUCUUAACAAUAAAUUAUAA